AUGGGCGAAGAUGGAACCGACCGAUAUGAGAAGAUUGACUUUUUAGGAGAAGGACAGGUUUGUUUUUUUUGUUUUUAUCACUAUUGUUAUCUUAUAUUAGAAGCCUACAUAGACUUCUCUGGAGCUAACUAUUUAAUCUAAAAAAAGGCUUAAACAUAUUCACCACACGUCUAACCUAAUAAUGACCGAGCCGAGUCGGCGAGUGUCAGAAGUCCUGGGCCAGGACUCUAAGGCAAGGCCAAGAUCAUUCUUAACUUUAAUUAAGUCUUAGACUUAGGUACUUGAAAUUAUAUUUUAAAUAUUGUCUGACUGUCAUCAAAGAUAUGCCAUCUGCAACACUUUGAGUUUCUGUGUAGGAUUCUCUCCCUUUUGUUUAGUCUUGAGUUGCAACACUAGGCUGUCAGCUGGUAUUUUUAAAAUUAUUAAUACUGUUUAAUACACUUUAAUAUACAGAAGGAAUUUUUUUAAUUAACCAAUUUUUGAGUGUCAGUGCCAAAGAACUUUUUUUACAAGCUGGCCCUUCAGACACCUAUAACACAUGGCUCUCCGGUCGAGUCUACACCUUUUCCGCCUGUCUCCGACUAUUUAUCAGUUGCAACAGGUAAUAUGCCCCCAUUUAUGACACAGGGACCAUCUCUUGAGCUGGGUGUUACUGAGAAAGUUAUCUGUAUACCCAUUGGUCUCUCUCAUAAACAUUUGAGUGAUAUUUAGCUUAAAAAAUAUUUGUAAGUACCCGGUACUUAACUGGGAUGCUUAUGCCUAUAUUUAUAGGUCCUAUAUUUUCUAAAAAUUCAUAUAGGUCAUCUCUUUCCAGUUCAGGACCCCUAAUACUAUAAACCAAUGGUUCACAACAUUAUCAUCAACAUAAUUGUUUUGAUUGUUUUCAUUACUUUCCUGGUUGUUUUCAUCAGUGUCACUGCUACACUGCUAGAAUAUCAAAAUCGCUAAGGAUAGCUUGAACAGUGUCACUGUCAGACAUUUUAGAAUUUUACGAUAUUACUUGCAACACAAACAAAUUUCUGAGCCAUCAAUGGAGGGUGCCAUUAGAAUAUCAUGAUGUGUUGGAGUAUGUAAGAAAAAUUCUGAGACUUCUUGAAGCUUAUCUAGACCUAGAAGGAUAUCAUAAAGUUGUUACAUUUGCCAUGAAAUUAAUUUACCGGCUGAAAUAAUUUAAUUAAAUUGUAAUGUUUUGUUCCUAAUUUGGUUUAUGAUCAUUAAAGCUGAACAUAUAUUUUUUUAUUUGCACAGAUUGUUUUGUCUAAUUAGUCUACUUUAAAGCUAUAUCGCAGUCCAACACUCAUAUAAAAUUAGUUUCUCAAAAAGACAAAUGAAGUGUAGAUGAAUAAAAAUGUAUUAAGUAGCUUGCCACUUUUAGUUAUUUAUUCGUUGUCGGACAUUCAUUUGUUACCUCUACAGGACAGAAAGAGAAACAUUUAUAACCUCAAUGAAGUUAAAAUAAUUAUACGAGAAUCAGUCUCGUGUUUAUAUCAUCAUCUUAAUACAAGAUUGAUUGACUUCUUUUUGUAUUUUUAUCAAAUAAUUCACAAUUUCUAUAUAGCUAUGUCUUUUCCUAUUUGAUUUUUAUAAUGUACUUUCAGCCUAUUUUCUUUCCACUUGUCUAUUUUUUUCUUUUCGUUCAAGUUUUAUGAAUAGUAAUAGGUAGGAUUUAAAUUUAUUAUGUAAAAUUUAAUUUACAUUGAUAUUAUUUUAUUAUUAUGUUGAAAUGCUUACACAUACUGUUUUAUUUACACAAAUUGCUUCUUUCUCAUGGAAGCACCACCUCUAUUUACAUUAUAACAGAUACUGUGUGUGACACAAUUAAUUUUACUUUUAACUUAUGUCUAAAUGAUAUACUGUCAUUAUUUAGACCUGCUUAGUUUAAUUAGAAUGUACAUGGUAAUAUAUAUAGUAUAGUACUUUUUAUGAUGCUACUUAAUUAUGUUUUUAUCAUGAUUUUUUUAACCACCUUAUAUAAUAAUAACUAAUAUAUUAUUGUUUAAAAUAAAGAACUGAAAAUGUUUUUUUGUUGCAGUUUGCUACUGUUUACAAAGCUAGGGACAAAAAUACGGAUAAAAUAGUUGCAGUUAAAAAGGUACGUAAUCUAUAAUCAUAAAACUUUAACUUAAAAUAAAUUAAUGUCACAAUUUUGUAAUUUUUGAAAACAAUAAGGAACAUGUUUAAAGCGAGAGUAGUUAACUUCUUAAAUUUGUAUACUAAAAAAAAAGUUACCAAUCAAAUUCAGUAACCCUUCAGUGGUAUUUAAUUUUUAAGAUUAAGCUUGGUUCAAGAACAGAAGCAGCGGACGGUAUCAACAGAACGGCUCUGAGGGAGAUAAAACUUUUGCAAGAGCUUUCACAUACAAAUUUAAUUGGGGUAUGAAUUUUUCAUUUCAUUGUCUAAUUUUUCAAUAUUCUUAGCUGUUUUUGAUUUUAAAAAGUUUGUUGAUUUGCAGUGAAUUGUCAAAAGUUCAUACAAAAUUCCAUGAGUGCACUGUUCUAGAUUAAAUGUUUUGUUAUUAGAAUCUCAUUUUUAUUUUAAAUUUCCAUUUAGCUGUUGGAUGUUUUUGGUCACAAAUCCAAUGUCAGUCUUGUCUUUGAUUUUAUGGAAACAGACCUUGAGGUAAGAUUUUUAAAAAAAUAAUAGUUUACUUGUACUUCUUUCAAAACUCGCAAAUUAAUUUUUUAAUCUCAUUAAUUUUUCUAAGUUAUAAAGUUUUAAAAUGAUGUGUGUAAAUGAAUUUAGUUAUAAAGAUUAUACUCCUCCAUUAAGUUGUUUGUCAACUAAUGGGUAAACUAAAAGCAAAAAAUCUUUAAUACAAGAGCAUAACUAAAAAAAGUUAUCACUUGAGGUAUUAGAUUGGACAAGAUUUGAUUAGUUUUUAUAUAUUAUAAACAAAGUAUAAGUUUAUGAAAAAACAUCUGAGGCAAAGUUAAUGUAUUACAUUUGAUAAUCAGGACAUUCACCAAAUAACCACUUUCAAAGAAAAGAUUUUCCUUUUAACAAAGCAAAUUUGAUUGCAGGUUGUCAUCAGGGAUUCAAAUAUCAUCAUGACUGCGCCUCAUAUAAAGUCCUAUGUUUUACAGACCCUACUUGGCUUAGAAUAUUUACAUUCCUACUGGGUCCUUCACAGGGUUUGUUUUAUAAUGCUUUCUUGACCCUGUAAUUUGACAGACUUAUUAAUAUUACAAUACCUGUAGGAUAAUUAAUAUUAAUAAAUGUGUUUUAUUAUUUUAAAAUUAUAAUGAAAUGGUUGGAUGAAUUGCUGUAGUGUUAAGUGUUUAGAGACCAGGGCUUGACAUACAUGCUCAUGGGAUGAGAUUCAAACCUUAGCCAGGGCGGUGCAGAAUAUUUUUGGGCCCUUGGCAAAUCCAAAUUUUGGGCCCCCACAAAUUAGGCACAGCCCCAAAUGAUUUGCCUCCAGCUAUAUCAUAAAAUAAUUCAAACCUUCUGAAAUCCAGUCAUUUCGGAUGAGUGAAACUCAUCAACCUGUGAUGGUAAAUCAUUUAGGAGAAGGAAAACUUUGAAUACAAACCUCAGCUUCCUAGAAACUGAAUUAAAAGUGAGACGGUGAUAUGAACUCAAUGAUGUUAAGCUGUAUCAGCUGUUUGAUGACCCCUCCAGUCCACCAGAAUCAUUGAGAUGGGAAUUCUGCCACAUUGGAAAUAAAACUUUACAAAGCUUUGGAGUUUCAUUAGAGAGAUUACCAGCAAGUUAACACGAUUAUCUCUUGAAGACAGACAGAUGCCAAAAACAAUUAAAAAUUAAUUACAUUUAUUGGUAAAUAUUGUUUAAUUAUUACUGAUGAAUUUCCUAGUUUGUUUACAAAUAUUCUUUUCUUUUGUUCUGAAUAGGAUAUCAAACCAAAUAAUUUGCUCAUCAAUGAACAAGGUAUUCUAAAGAUAGGUGAUUUUGGCUUAGCGAGAUUCUAUGGUUCACCUAGUAGGCCCUACUCUCAUCAAGUGGUUACCAGGUUAGUGUCCUUAAGAUCCUUAUUUUGUCUUUUUUUUUUGUGGGGGAAAGGUUGGGUUAAACUCUGGGGAUGUUAAAGGCUGAAGCCUUAAAAUACAUGCAGUUUUCAUUGUUUAUCUCAUCUGAAUUGUAAUUAUUAAAACAUAUAUGUUCAGAUUGUAUUAUUCUGAUUUUUGUAAAACUUAUAUUCAACAGCACAAAUUUGCUAAAUUUUUUUUUCUUGUUAAUUUAAGAUUUACAAUACCAGUAUGCAAUACUUCCUUAUAUUAUUUGUGGGCCUUUAUUCAUUUGUUAGUGUUCUUUUUUUUCUGAAAAACAAUUUUCUUAUUUUUUUUUUUUUACACUACAGGUGGUACAGAUGCCCAGAAUUGCUAUUUGGGGCUAGAGCUUAUGGUGAAGGAGUUGAUAUUUGGGCAGUUGGUUGUAUUAUUGCAGAACUUCUUAUAAGGGUAACAUAAUAAAUAUUUGGAUUUCAUGACAUCCUUUAUGUAAACUUGGUCUUAAUUCUAUUUAAUUUACUUAACCAGUAAUAAACAAUUUACCAGAUCUUAACUUUUAGCUGCUCUUUGUUGAUUGUGUUUAUCUGACUUUUUUUGAAUUUUAUGUAACACUGUCUGCAUUGGUAAAUAUCAGUGUAAGUUUGGACGUUACUUUACAUUUUUCAAGUCUGUAAAAAUAGAUUUUAACAUUUGCUUAUAGAUUCUAUCUCUCUCCAGCUACCCUUUUUACCAGGAGACACAGAUUUAGAUCAACUAAGUCGCAUCUUUCAAGUGUUAGGAACCCCAACAGAGGCAGACUGGCCUGUAAGUCUUUGUCUUUUACCACAUAAUAAAAAAUGUGUUAAGUAUAAGUUGAACGUCUUUUUUUUUUUUUUUUUCAAGUAAAUUCAAGUUAACCUUAAUAGUUGAACCUUGAAAUACCUCAUUGACCAAAUGAGAUUACAUUUUCAUUUACUUCAAAUUUUUAUAAUCCUUACGUGCAGGAUAUGAAAUUCCUACCAGAUUAUGUGGUUUAUAAAGAGUUCCCAAAGCAACCAAUUAAAGACAUAUUUACAGCUGCUACUGAUGAUUUAUUAGAAGUCUUAAACUCUAUGUUGUCAUUGAAUCCUUCCAAACGUUGUUCAGCUUCUCAGGUAAAGGUUAUACAAAAAAUAAAUUUAACUUCUAUAUCAAUGUGCAAUUAUAUUGUUUCUUUUUUAUUGUUGUAUAAAACAAAUUUCUGUAACUUAUCAGUUGAAAAUAAAUUUCAAAUUUUUUCUGAAUUAAGUAAGAUAUUUCUGCAAGGAGUAAUACUUCAGGAUAUGCAAAUUGCACAGGCUCCUUCAGAAUUAAAAAAAUCUUAAAUGGUUAAAAGUACCUCCAUGACUUAAGUUAGUUUGAGUGGUAAUAAGAUUUCAGACUCUCCAACCUUGCAUGAUAAUUUAUUCGUUAGCCAAAGAUUUUUUUUAAAAAAUUUAUCAGUUUUGAAUUAUUGCAAUUUUCUUGACAGGCUCUGCAGAUGGCCUACUUCAGCAAUAAGCCUGCACCUACUCCAGGACCUCAGCUGCCAUUCCCUAAGUCAAAUAAAAUUAUUGAUAAAGAAAAGGAAGCAAAGAAGCCUUCUCUGAAGCGGAAACAAGAUGGGUCUGAUCCAGGUACAGAUCCCUUGACAAUCAAAAUCCGUCACAGCGAUUGUUUGGGGCACGUUUCUGAAAUUUCAAAUUAACUAUUUUUAGUAAAUUUUAUAAGUCCUUCUAAUGAUUCAGGUCUUCUUUCGCGUUUUUUAGAUAGAUUUUAUAACUGCUUCUAAUGAUUCAAGUCUUCUUUUGUGUUGUUUAAAAAAAAGAUGUUCGAAACUUUUUAAAAAAUAAUUUCAAUUUUUAUUUUAUUACUUGUAUUAAUGGAUUGUUCAUUGGUUGUUUCUAAAGCUCAGUGUGCAUUUUUUCCACUUUCAGGUGGCCUGAAGAAACGACUUAUAUUCUGAUGUCACAACUCCAUGCAGGCUUUUAUGAUAACUCGAAGUUAAUGUCUGAACAUUAUUCACAUUUUUCUCUCCUGAUAUGAGGGUGGAGUAAAUGGUCUGUCUUUUUCAACAAAGAACACCUUCACCACAUGCUGCAAAUCCUCCCCAAAGACUUUGGGAAGGAGCAUCUGUAAAUAUCAACUUAAUGAUCUGGUCUAGAAUUAAUCAAUUGUUUUGUAAAUCAAUUUUUGUAAAGGCAUCUCAGCUGGGCAUUCAAUUUGACUUCCUUUCUGGGUCAAGUUAAGUUUCAUCAUCUCCAUCCAACAAUCCUUAACGACCACCAUAAAGAGAACAUUAGCUGCUUUUAUUUUCUCCUUGCUCUAACAUUUCUCUCCCGUUACAAGCCUCACGAAAAUGUUCAUGCUUAGUUAAGCGCAUCGUAAAAAAAAUAAGCAUCCUUAAAAAUAACUUAUUUGAGAUGACAAAAAAGAAAAAUUCCUUUUAUGCCAUUGAUUUAAAAAUUAAAAUAAAACGUAAUUUUGUAAAUGUGUCGACUAAGCUAGCAUGUUGAUGACA